AUGCGCAAGAGUUGGGCAUGUGAUUUAGCUUUCUUGUUGCUAACAAGAUGGCUACAGUUCUCUUUGGCAAUUCCAAAGAGCAACUUGACUGAUCUCUCAGCACUUUUGGUCUUGAAGGAACAUAGCAAUUUUGAUCCAUUUAUGUCAAAGAAUUGGUCUUCUGCCACUUCUUUUUGCCAUUGGUAUGGAGUUACUUGCAGCGAAAGACACAAUAGGGUUGUGGCCUUAACUCUUUCUAAUAUGGGGAUUAAGGGAAUUGUACCUCCUCAUAUUGGAAAUCUCUCAUUUCUUGUUCAUAUUGACAUGAGCAACAACAGUUACUCAGGCCAUUUGCCAAAUGAAUUGGGUAACUUACACCGCUUGAAAUUCAUGAAUUUUUCCAAUAAUAGUUUUGUUGGAGAGAUUCCAUCAAGUCUUGCAAUGUUACCUAAGCUUCAACACUUGCUUCUUGCUAAUAACAGUCUCACAGAUAUAUCAAUGAAACAAUCCUCAGCUGGAAGAUCAUCUAUCUUCAACAUUACAACACUAAAUACCUUGGACCUUAAUGACAAUUUGCUAGGCGGAAAUAUUUUGGAUAAUAUUGGUGGUAACCUUUCCAACUUGCAGGUAUUAAACAUGGGACUAAACCAGUUAUCAGGUUCCUUUCCUCCAAAAAUACUUGAUCUGCCUUCUCUAAAAUUCAUCUAUCUCCAAGUAAACAACCUUUCUGGCAAUCUUAAAGAGAUUUUGUGCAACCAAAAUUCCAAACUACAAUUGCUAAAUCUUGCUGGGAAUCAGCUGUAUGGCCAAAUUCCUUCUGAUCUAUACAAGUGUAAAGAGCUCCGAUCCUUAGCAUUACAUGCCAAUAAAUUUACAGGAAGUAUUCCAAGAACGAUUGGCAAUUUGACCAAGCUAAAAUGGUUAAGUCUUGGACGCAACAACUUGACAGGUGAAAUUCCUGAAGAGAUUACACAUCUUGUUAAUUUGGAAAUAUUGGGCUUAGAGUUCAACAACUUACAUGGAAGAAUACCAAUGCAGAUUGGAAAUUGUUCUUUCCUUCGGCAAAUUUAUGCUAAUAAUAACUAUUUAACAGAAUCUCCAAAAAAAGAUACUAAAAGAUACUGA